AUGAUCAAGUCAACUUUAAUAUUCCGGGAUGAUGGCCUGCCGCUUUGUUCAUCUGUAGAUGACGAUACAGAUCCAUCUUUAAGUGACCAAAAGAAAAAAAUCAAGGUCCUCAUAUCUAGGUUCACCCCACAGGCAGCUAACGAAGCUACUCUCGAAUCUGGGGCAUAUGAGAUCCACUAUAUCAGACAGCAAGCGGUGGUUUACAUUGUAAUUGUGGAAAAGGGUUACCAGCGUAAUCUAGCCUUUGCCUACCUGAGCGACAUCCAUCAGGAAUUUGAACAUAACUAUGGCAAUGAAUACAUUAAACCCAGUGUCAGACCCUACGCAUUUGUCUCGUUCGAUAACUUCCUUCAAAAAACGAAGAAGAUCUACAACGACAAACGAGUCCAAGGAAACCUCGACCAAUUGAACUCUGAGCUGCUUGGCGUAAAACAGAUCAUGACCAAAAACAUCGAAGAUUUACUCUACCGAGGGGAUUCGCUCGACAAAAUGAGCGAUCUGAGUGCUUCGCUAAGACAAGACUCGAAGAAAUACCGCAAAACCGCACAGAAAAUCAACUUCGAUCUACUAAUCAGCCAAUAUACACCAAUAGCCCUAGUCGCAUUCUUUUGCGUAUUCCUCUUUUGGUGGGUUUUCCUCAAAUAG